AUGACAGUCGAGCAGGAGUUACUACCUAGAUUCUACACGGACGACGAUCCAACGCACGGCUACGUCCAAUAUGUUGAUGCCAAUACGGCCCAGGCGUCCGGUUUUGCGAGGGCCGUGAAUAACAGUCAAGUCUAUCUCGGAGUUGAUAAUUCAACUGUGCUUAAUGUUUCAAGCAGCGCGACCACAGGCCGUAGGAGUGUCAGGCUGGAGAGCCUCCACACCUUUGAUCAGGGCAUUCUCAUCACUGAUUUCGCACAUGUCCCGAGUGGUGUAUGCGGGGCAUGGCCGGCGUAUUGGACAUAUGACUACGCUGAGAACCCGUACGGUGAAGUUGACAUCAUUGAAGGCGUCAAUGACCAAGUAGGAGACGAUAUCAGCUUGCACACGAGUGCGCAAUGCCAACUAACCGACGACUCUACAUCUCAAUCAGGGACCGACGUACGAACUGACUGUUCGCUCAAGACGAACUAUGUAGACGGCUGUGGCGUCUCGGGUCCAUCCAACUCAUAUGGAGAUCCAUUCAAUGGCCAAGGUGGAGGAGUAUGGGCAUUGUUUUUGAGACAAGACGAACUGGCCAUUUGGAUGUUUCCUCGUAAUGGCAUCCCGGACGAAAUCUCAAGUGGAGGGCAGCUGACGCUCGAUAAAUGGGGCGUUCCACUGCUGCAUUUCGCGUCUAGCAGCGGAUGUCGUGUGAGUGAGCAGUGGAAAAACCAGACAAUUGUGAGUAGCCCGUCCCAAGGACUCAAAUUCACGAACUCACCUCCUGGUCUUUUGCACGAGCAGAUCUUCAAUAUCGACUUCUGCGGCGAGAAUGCUGGUGGCACGAACUGGAACGAGUCGUCAACAUCAGCCUCGCAGAGCUGUGCAGACAGCACGGGGUUUCCGACGUGCGCAGCAACCCCGCGCCAUCUCCUGCUAGCUGCAGCUAUAGCCUCAGCUCGGCUGCCUGCGCCGGCCCAGCCUCGCUGUAGAGCUGCGUACAUUGCAGAUUCAACUAGUGCCGAUCAUUCCUCCCGCUCAUCGUCUCCCAUCAUAACCCCGGCCGAAUCGAGUGCUGCGACGGUGCCCAUCGAUACCUCUCUCAAGCGAGAUAUCCUCAAAAGCAUGGUGCAGGUCGCCGUGCGACAGACGCGGUCAUAUCAGUCAAGUUUUGCAGGAACAUAUCAAGCCAGCGCUUUCUUGGUCAACCAGGACUUUGGUUUAUUUUUCACGGCAGCUCAUGCCGUGCAAGGCCCUUGCGAGGGGUAUAUAAUCUCUCAUAACGAUGAGCGGUGCCCACCACAGAAACUCGAGACGCUAGAUCUAGUGUGUCUUACACUCAGUCCAGAGUGUGCAAUCGUCGGUUCCCACGUCUAUUUGAUUGGCAACGACAGUGGUGAAAAGGUAAACAUAUUACGCGGCACAAUAUCACGACUAGACACGACUUCCCCGAUAAGUUUUGACAGCAACGUUGAACUCAUUCAGGCCUCCGCGGCUGGAAAAGGAGGGUGUUCGGGCGGCCCACUGCUCACCUUGGAUGGUGAAGCGAUUGGGAUUUGCCUGGGGCUUUCGCGUACAGAUCAGGCCGAAAUAGACACCGACAAGAACGGCUUGUUGGUUGCUUCGAUCAUUAUUCCCGAGACAGAAGCAAAUAACUUUUUGAAGGUGAACGAUAUACUUCUGUCAAUCAAUGAGAAGCCGAUGGUGGACUUUUCAGAACUGGAGGAGGUAUUCAACAGCACUGUCGGGGAAAAAGUACAAGUCGGCGUCGUCAGAUUUGGGAAGAAACUCAGUUUCGACUUGACUGUGCACGAUCUUUCAGCCAUCACACCGACUCAGAUCUUGUCUGACUCUGGUGCGACACUUCACGAUGUUCCAUACAGGACCGCUGUGUGUUGGAACGUCCCCCUUAGAGGCAUGUAUGUGGCAUCUUCGAGUUUGAAUUUCUCUCUUGGAGGGCACGCCUCGGGCUACAUAAUUUCUUCCAUCAAUAAUAUCUCGACGCCCAAUGUGGUCGAGGGGGAGAAAGCACUAUCGAAGAUCCAAGACCGUGAAAGAGUGGCUGUCCGAUACACUCUGGCGUCGCGCAAUACCCGAGUGCAAACGACACAAAUCACAAUUGACCGUCACUGGAAUCAGAUGACGCUGACACAUUUCAACCCGAAGAGUGAGGAAUGGGAAUAUUCUCGCGUCCACACCAUCCAAUCUGGAAGCCUUGAUAUCAAGAACUCGGACACCACGGACAUUGAAUCCAAACUUCCUGAAGCUCACUGGAUAUCUGAGCUUAAAAGACGCUUUGUGCAGGUGACGUGGAUCGCACCAGCGCUUUGCCUGGACGAGAAUCCAGAGACAAGGCUAGAAGGAUUUGGUUUUAUCAUAUACAACGGCUUGCUACUUGUUGCUAAGACAACGUGUCCCCAUGACCUGUGUGACAUCUAUAUUGACAUUGACGGCCGUGAAGUAUUCGGCCAAGUUUUGCACAUAGAUUGCCGGCAGAACUGGGUUCUUAUUCAGUACGACGCUGCCAACACCAGUACUAUGUCACUGAACACAGUAGAUCUCGCCACAGGGCCUCCACAAGAACUAGAUACAGUCACCUUCGUUGGAAUGGAUGAUGACAACAAUUUUCAUUCUGCAAAGACCGCCAUUACCGGCUCCUUCAUUGCUGAUUUUUUGUCUUCAGUGCAACACGCGGAAGCCAUAGACGUUUUGCAAAUUGACAGCGAUAUUGCGAGGAUGUGUUUUUCAGGUGUUAUAGUAAACGAGUCUCACCAAAUUGCAGGCUUCUGGCUUAUCAUGAGAAACGAUGUUCGCUAUGUGCUUCCAACUACAGGCAUUGCGUCUGUAGUACGCAAGAUUCUCGCCGGAGGCGUUCCAAAGCCACGCAAGACAUUCAAUUUUCGCUUGGAAGUGAUUCCGCCUAAGGAUGCACGUGUGAUGGGCGUGGACGAUGAGUAUAUAGGCUACGGUGUUCGUGUUAACGGUGCGCAGCAUAGAUUCUUCGGCGUUAAAAGGACCACCCGUGAAGUUGGGGAGUAUAUUCGCCAUGGUGACAUUUUUCUCAGUAUAAAUGGCAAAAUAGUCAACAAGUUCCUCGACUUCGACGCUUUAGACAACACAGAAGCUGAAACUGCGGAGCUGCUUGUUGUACGCGAUGGCAAUCAAAUAAUCGUUGAUUUCCCUCUGAAAAUAGCCACCGAUGUGACGACAGAUCGAGUGUCCAGCAUUUUUGGCAUGGUCUUCCAAAGACCAUACACCUCUAUAAAAUAUAUCAACCAAGACUUCCCAAGCGACCUGAUCAUUACGUGCUCAGCCCCCGGGUCCCCAGGUCAGCAAUCGUCAAUGCCCUAUGACAACUUCAUCACUGGUGUCAAUGGUAUUACGGUGCACGACCGGAAUUCUUUCCUUGAUGCGGUCAACCAAGUUCCCGAUGAGACGGAUUUCACAAUCCAAUCAGAAGAUUGGAAUGGGAAGGUGUACAACGAUAUUGUGCGAAAGUCAAGUCGAGCUUUUGGGCCGUACGAGUUUGUGAAGGAAGGUGGAAAGUGGAACAAAGUCCGUUUACAAUUAGAUGGCUGGAAGGCAGAUCUUCCCAUUACGCUGCAGCAAAAGUGA